AUGACUCAUUUCGUUGGUGUUGACUUUAAUUCAUUAUAUCCUUCAUCAUUUUCAUCUAAUCCUCAUGAUUUCAUUCAAUAUACUGACCAUAAAAUGUAUAUGCCGGGAAGAUUGAAUGGUGUUAUCAUUUGUGAUACAGCAACAAAGAAAGCAAAAGCACUGGGAAUAAUUAAGAAGAAAAAUACUUUAUUCGUGGCUGAAGUAAAGGGUCACAUUGAUGAAAAAUACAUUAAUGAUUACAUAAACUUUUUACCAAUAAUAAGAAACUUUGAUAUUAUCACAGAUGAAAAAACAAUUGGUGGUUUUAUGUAUAAUUACAUGAAAUCAAACAAUCUACCAGUUGACCAGAAACAGAGGAAAUUAACUCAGUUAGCAUCAACACACAACCAAUAUCAACCAUUUUCUUCUUAUUAUCUUUGGUAUCUAAUAGACAGAUUUCAUUUUAUCAUUGAUGACAUUCAAUCAAUUUUAACAUUUACGAAAAAUACUUGUUUUAAUGAAUUUGCGAAUGAAUUUAUGAACGAAAGACAAAAGGCUGAAUUAGAAGGAAAUAAAGGAAAAAGUUUAUUUUGCAAGAUUUCACUUAAUGGAUCAUAUGGUUACGAUGCAAUGAAUACACAAAAUUACGCAAAGACUAAAAUAAUGAAUGCACAGAAGGCACGCGUUGCAUGUAUGUCAAAUAA